UCCUGUUCGGAGCUGCGUGAACCCGUGGGAGCUUCCUGGGGUCUCUGGACUUCCACAAGAUGAGCGGACCAAAUAUCACGUUGAACCUUCACCUAAAAAGCAACCAAGUCGUCAUCGUGUGCCUCUGUCUUUGUUUUGCCGGCGGCUCAGAAACCGAGCGGAGGCUUCACCAGAAGAUAUUCAAGGACUACAACUGGAAGGUGCGACCAGCUCAGUACUGGGAGGAACGAGUGACGGUGAGGGUCGGGAUGACGCUGUCCCAGCUCGUCAGCUUGAAUGAGAAGAAUGGCGAGAUGACCACCAACGUGUUCAUGAAUCUGGAGUGGAAAGACUACCGCUUGUCGUGGGACCCGAAGGAUUACGACAACAUCAAUGUUUCGAGGAUUCCCGCAAACAAGGUGUGGCGCCCCGAUGUCUACCUCAUCAACAACAACGACGGCCAAUUCGACGUGGCUUUGUACGUCAACGUCUUGGUGCACAGUGACGGCACCGUCAACUGGCUUCCGCCGGCCAUCUACCGCAGUUCUUGCUCGAUUGAGGUCGCGUACUUCCCCUUCGACUGGCAAAACUGCAGCAUGGUUUUCCGCUCCUACACCUACGACGCCUCGGAAGUGGAGUUGCAGUACUACCUGGACGACGACGGAAAGGAGAUCCGCGAGGUCGUCAUCGACGAGAACGCGUUCACGGAGAACGGCGAGUGGAACAUAUGCCACAAACCCUCGAGAAAGAACGUCAGGGACGACCUGUACGAGGACAUCACCUUCUACCUGAUCAUCGAGAGGAAGCCUCUUUUCUACAUCAUCAACAUCAUUGUUCCUUGCAUCCUCACCAGCGUCUUGGCUAUUUUCGUCUUCUACCUGCCCCCCGGAGCAGGGGAGAAGAUGACCCUCUCGAUUUCGGUUCUCAUCGCCUUGACCGUCUUCAUGCUUCUGCUGGCGGACAAGGUCCCCGAGACGUCGCUGGCCAUCCCCAUCAUCGUUAACUACGUGAUGUUCACCAUGAUCCUGGUCACCUUCUCCGUCAUCCUGAGCGUGGUCGUCCUCAAUUUGCACCACCGCACCCCCGGCACCCACAUCAUGCCCAGCUGGGUUCGCGGCUUCUUCAUCCAUUUCCUGCCCAAGUACAUCGGCAUGACCCGGCCCGGGCCGGAGGAGCCUGUUUUGAAGGAAGACCCUCGUGACCCUGCACCCGCGCCAAGCUUCAACGGACGGCGGCCUGGAGGAGAGUAUUUCUUUCGCAAGAUCAACCCCGAUCUGGUCGUACCUUGGAGAGGCAGGUGCGAGAGUCCGGUGCGGCUUCAAAGGCUCCCGGGGACGGAGGGAUUCUGCCUGAUCCUUCCCCCGAACCUCAAGUCGGCCAUCGCCGCCGUCACGUACAUUGCCGUGCAGCUGAAGAAGCAAGACUCCGACGAUUCGAUGACGGAGGACUGGCAGUUCAUCGCCCUGGUGGUGGACCGUCUCUUCCUGUGGCUUUUCGUCAUCACCACCACCUUGGGCACCUUAGCGAUGUUCUUGGAUGCCAGUUUCAACUACACGCCUGACGACCCUUUCCCGUGAAAGGGCGUCACGGAUUCCGUUCGAGCACCGGCUCCGGGGUUGUCGUGCAGGUGUUUCGGGUUAACCCUACCGUUCCCUACCUGGGGUUAACUUAACCCUGACCUGAUCAGGGUCACAUCGGGGAAAACGGCCCAUUACUUUGUACGGAUCGGACUAGUUCCAGGUUAUCGUCACUUAUUUUUUGCAAACUGCUAUUUGUAUUUGGGAAAAAAAGUCAUCACAAGGAAUUCAAAUUCACGCUUCUAGCUGAGCUAGCAUUCGCGCGGUAAACGGCUGCCAACUUAUUUGAAAUGGGAUGUUACUUUAAGAAUGUAAAUGUUCUCAGAUUGAAGUUUUAUUUUUGGAAUUAACAAUCAAUUACAAAAAAAAGAAAUAAAAAGUCAGAAAGAAGCGAUGAAUGUGCGUUCAGCAGAAAUGAGCCUCGUCCCGUGCCGCUUCCGGAGCCCGUCAGCUUCGCUCCGUUUACGCUUUUAGGAACGAUGACAAAAACGAGUUGCACAACAACAACCCGGUUGUGACGUCG